AUGUCUAGGGAAAGUGCUGAUAACUUCUGUACUAUCCAGGCGUCGGUCCGUCAAGUGCUCUGCGGCGGAGCAUUGGCAGCUCUGGGCUACACGGCGUGGAGGUACUACAAGUACACUACAUGCCUCCGCACCUACGGUCGGGACCUGACGGCCUUGGCCAGCAAGGCUGAUCCGGUGACUGGGCGUGACGAUGAGAUCGAUCGUGUCAUCCGCAUCCUCUGUCGCCGGAGCAAGAACUGCGCCGGGCUCGUCGGGGACGCCGGAGUUGGCAAGACGGCCAUCGCCGAGGGCCUCGCCCAACGCAUCAUCUCCGGAAAGGUCCCACCCAAGCUCGCCGGAGCGCGUGUCAUCGAGCUCAACCUCGGGGCGCUGGUGGCCGGUACGAUGUAUGUUGGCAUGUUCGAGGAGCGUAUGGGGAACUUGAUCAGCAACCUCGAGCGUUCACGCGGCAAGGUGAUCUUGUUCAUCGACGAGAUGCACAUGCUUCUUGGAUCCGGAUCCGCCUCAAACAGCCCCCACAUGGACGUGGCCAACAUGCUGAAGCCAGCUUUGGCUCGUGGCCAUAUCCGAUGCCUCGGCGCCACCACUCACGAUGAGUACUGCAAGUAUAUCGAGAAGGAUCCUGCGCUGGAGCGGCGGUUCCAAAAGGUUUACGUCGGGGAGCCGAGCACGCAGUCCACCAUUGCCAUCCUCCAGGGCCUCAAACUCCGGUACCAAAAGCAUUAUGGCUUGGAAAUUCUCGAUGCUACAAUUGACGCUGCCGUGCAUCUCGCCGACCGCUAUAUCUCAGGUCGUCGGUUUCCUGAUAAGGCAAUUGAUCUCAUGGACGAGGCUUGCACCACAGUAGAGCACCUAGGAGGAGAAAACCCGGUUGUUGCGCCAGAUCAUGUUGCACAGGUUGUGAGCGCAUCGACCGGAAUCCCUUUAACUACCCUUGAUCAAGACGAGAAUGUCAAGUUAAUCAACUUAGCCGACAGACUGCACGAGGCCGUCAACUUAGUUGCGGAUGCAGUGUUGCGUUCCAGGGUUGGCCUUCGCCAGGCUAACCAACCGAUAGGCUCCUUCCUCUUUUUGGGAUCCACCGGUGUUGGAAAAACAGAGCUUGCAAAAGCUCUCGCCGAACAACUAUUUGGCAGUGAGAAGAUGAUGCUUCGCUUUGAUAUGUCCGAGUAUGUUAGUCCUGAAUCCGUGCUACGUCUCGUUGGAGCACCCCCAAGCUGCCAUGGAUAUGAAGAUGGCGGACAACUGACGGAGAAAGUUAGGAGACGCCCAUAUUGCGUUAUCCUUUUCGAUGAGGUGGAGAAGGCAUAUCCGUCGGUUUUGGAUGUUUUUCUACAGCUCCUUGACGAUGGUGUGUUGACUGAUGGUAAAGGGCAUAAUGUUGAUUUCAAGAAUACAAUUAUCAUUAUGACUUCAAAUGUUGGGGCAGAGCACCUAAAUGUAGGAAUGGUUGGAGAAAAGGCAAUGGCUGAUUCGCGAAACCUUCUCAUGAAACAGGUUCAAAAAUGCUUCAAGCCCGAAUUUCUCAACAGAUUAAGUGAGAUUGUAGUAUUUGAGCCGCUUUCGCACCAUCAAAUGAAAGAGAUCGUCAAUAUCCAAAUGAAGAGUGCCCUUGCUACAAUAGCUGGCAAGGGUAUAUCUCUGGUUCUUAGUGAUGCCGUGUUGGAUGUCAUUUUGUCAGAAUCACACAACCCAUUCUACGGCGCAAGGCCCAUAAAAAGGUGGAUAGAAAAAAACAUAAUGACAACUAUCUGCAAGAUGCUAGUCAGUGGAGAAGCCAGUGAAGGAUCAACAAUCUCCAUUGAUUCUACCUGUGACAAGAAAGGGUUAAAAUACCAAUUGGAAAAGAAGAAAAAUGUGAAGAAUCCAUGA